GCGGCGGCUGCGGGCUGCGGCGGCGGCGACGGCGCGGCUGGAGCUAGCGGGGCCGAAAGACGGACUCACUAGGACAAACAUGAGGAGCGCAGCCAAACCCUGGAAUCCGGUCAUCAAAGCGGGCGGCCAUGGGACAGACCGUGCACGGCCCCUCCCUGCGGCCCCUUCAGGCAUGAAGAGUUCGAAAUCUUCCACCUCGCUGGCUUUUGAGUCCCGGCUCAGCAAGCUCAAGAGGGCCAGUAGUGAGGACAUGCUCAACAAACCAGGAAGUACCACCACUUCCGGGGUGGCUCGACUGAAAAAGACUUCGACAGCUGGAGCCAUCUCUGAGCUUGCUGAGAGCCGCCUGAGGAGCAACCCAGGGGCUGUGACGACAACCAAACGGACGGGCAUUCCAGCUCCUCGAGAACUUUCAGUAACUGUCUCAAGAGAGAGAACUGUGCCACGCGGUCCCUCCAACCCCAGGAAGUCGGUGUCCAGUCCAACUUCUUCCAGCACACCCACCCCUACUAAGCACCUGAGGACCACUUCCACGAGACCCAAACAAGAGCAUGAAGGUGGGGAAAAGGCCGUGCUCGAGUCCCAAGUUCGGGAACUUCUGGCAGAAGCCAAAGCGAAAGAUAGUGAAAUUAACAGGCUUCGAAGUGAACUGAAGAAAUGCAAGGAGAAAAGGACUCCAAGCAUCGAAGGAGCUGAGGCUUCAGACUCCAAUCUAGACGGAACGUCCGCCUCACCCAGUGACUCAGAACCUUUGAUAAGAGCUCUUGAGGAGAAGAACAAGAAUUUUCAGAAAGAGCUUGCAGAUCUCGAGGAGGAAAACCGGGCCUUGAGGGAGAAACUGACUUACCUGGAGCACUCCCCCAAUUCAGAGGGAGGCGUGAGUCACACUGGUGAGAGCAGCUGCCCAACAUCCAUAACUCAGGAGUCAAGCUUCGGGAGCCCGACUGGAAAUCAGUUGUCAGGUGAAAUCGAGGAGUACAGGAACAACAUACACGAAAAUGCAUUACGGACGUCGGGCUCGUCAAGCAGCGACGUUACCAAAGCUUCUCUGUCCCCGGAUGCCUCUGAUUUCGAGCACAUCACCGCAGACACCCCCUCCCGGCCCCUGUCUUCUACCAGCAACCCCUUUAAGAGCUCCAAGUGUUCGACCACCGGCAGUUCCCCUAACAACGUGAGCGAACUUUCCCUGGCUUCCCUCACGGAGAAGAUACAGAAGAUGGAGGAAAACCACCACAGCACUGCAGAGGAGCUGCAGGCCACUUUGCAAGAAUUGUCAGACCAGCAGCAAAUGGUGCAGGAACUGACAGCCGAAAAUGAGAAACUCGUGGACGAGAAGACGAUUUUAGAAACGUCCUUCCAUCAGCAUCGGGAGAGGGCCGAGCAGCUCAGUCAGGAAAACGAGAAACUCCUAAAUCUCUUACAAGAGCGAGUGAAGAAUGAGGAGCCCAACACGCAAGAAGGAAAGAUCCUUGAGCUGGAGCAGAAGUGCGCAGAAAUUCUUGACCAGGGCCGCUUUGAAAGAGAGAAGUUGCUCAACAUUGAGCAGCAGCUGACCUGUAGCUUACGGAAGGUUGAGGAAGAAAACCAAGGCGCUUUAGAGAUGAUUAAACACCUGAAGGAAGAAAACGAAAAACUGAAUGGGUUUCUGGACCUGGAACGGCGUAAUAACGGCGUGAUGGCCCAAAGUCUGGAAGAGUGUAAAGCCACGCUAGAAGGGCUGCAGAUGGAACAUGGGUCGAUGAAGGCUCGUUUGGAGAAUGAGAAGCAGAAAGCUACGGAGACCAGCCCCAUGGGGCACACGGCAGAGGGUCGUGAGGUUCAAGAAAUGUUGAGAGUCGCUCGAGCUGAGAAAGAUCAGCUGGAACUGUCUUGCACCGAGCUCAGGCAAGAAUUAGUGAAGGCCCAUGGUGAAAUUAAACAUGUUUCGAGCCUCCUGGCCAAGGUGGAAAAGGAUUAUUCUUACUUGAAGGAGAUAUGUGAUCAUCAAGCAGAACAACUGAGCCGAACCAGCCUGAAACUGCAAGAGAAAGCGUCAGAGAGUGAUGCGGAGAUUAAAGACAUGAAGGAAACCAUAUUUGAAUUGGAAGAUCAGGUGGAACAGCAUCGGGCUGUCAAGUUACAUAACAACCAGCUCAUUAGUGAGCUAGAGAGCAACGUGAUGAAGCUGGAGGAACAGAAGUCAGACCUGGAAAGGCAGCUGAAGACUCUGACUAAGCAGAUAAAGGAGGAGACAGAGGAGUGGAGGCGGUUCCAGGCGGACCUGCAGACGGCGGUGGUGGUGGCCAACGACAUCAAGUGUGAGGCUCAGCAGGAGCUGCGUACCGUGAAGAGGAGGUUGCUGGAGGAAGAGGAGAAGAACGCCAGGCUGCAGAAGGAGCUGGGGGACAUGCAGAGCCACGGCAGACCCGUGAACGAAGAGUCGGAGCCACCCGAGGUCGAGGCUCCCGGCCGGUGGCAUGGCGUCUACGUGAACAGAACGUCUCCAACACCUUCAGAAUCUGCGACCACCGUUAAGUCCCUCAUCAAGUCAUUCGACUUGGGACGGCCAGGUGGAGCCGGACAGAAUAUUUCUGUCCAUAAAGCCCCCAGAAGUCCCCUGAGUGGGAUUCCAGUGAGGACCGCUCCCGCCGCUGCUGUCUCCCCAAUGCAGAGACAUUCAACCUACAGCAGCGUUCGGCCGGCCAGCAAAGGUGGGACUCAGCGUUUGGAUCUUCCAGACCUUCCCCUCUCAGAUCUCCUAAAGGGAAGGGGUGAGGACCUGAAACCGGACCCUUAUCUCCGGAAGAGUCCCUCCCUGGAGUCUCUGAGCAGACCCCCUUCUCUGGGCUUCGGGAACACGAGGCUGCUGAGCGCCUCCACCGGGGGCUUGAAACCACAGAGCAAACUCAGCGUGGAAAGAAGAGACCCGCUGGCUGCCUUGGCCCGGGAAUAUGGCGGCUCCAAGCGCAAUGCUCUCCUGAAAUGGUGCCAGAAGAAAACAGAAGGCUACGCGAACAUUGAUAUCACCAAUUUCAGCAGCAGCUGGAGUGAUGGCUUGGCCUUUUGUGCUCUCCUUCAUACCUACCUGCCUGCCCACAUCCCAUAUCAGGAGCUGAACAGUCAGGAGAAAAAAAGGAAUCUCUUGUUGGCAUUUGAAGCAGCCGAAAGUGUAGGCAUCAAACCCAGCCUGGAGCUCAGUGAGAUGCUGUACACAGACCGGCCCGACUGGCAGAGCGUGAUGCAGUACGUGGCCCAGAUCUACAAGUACUUUGAGACGUAAAGCCCAAGGGCCCGAGAGACGCCGCCCACCCCGGCCUGCAGCUGGUCCUCGAAGCACCUGGUCACUUUCCACAGGCCCUGCUCCAUCCACCACCGCCCACAGCGCUCCAUCCAGGGGGACCAACACGCAAACAAGAAACGGAGCGGAGUUCCGCCGCACAUCCGCUUUAAAUCCAGAUGCAUUUGGAGCGUCAGCUGGGGAAGCUUUGCUCCCUGCAUGGGCCUCUGUCCUUCAGCCCAGGCUCCCUCCACGAGAACCCAGUAGGACAUCUCAGGUCACGCAGUGCAACUUCACCCGUGAGCUGCCGGGAUCCACCACCAACAGCACUUCCAGAGCAGUCAUCUUUUCACUAAAAACCCGGGCUCCUGCCUUUAGAAAAACUCUGCCCUUGCCACCGCCCACCCCCUCCAAAAAAGAAACACACAGCAAAAUGCAAAAAGACAAACAUUUCGGUCUCGCACCGCCUGGAAACCCACGAGCCCUUCUUUUUGCGGAAAUGUGCUUGCGUGCUAGACAGUAGUUGUGACGCCUAGAACUUGAUCACGCUUUUUAGAUCUCGCUGUCACUGAUUAGAAUCUCGGGAUGGAGGAGAAGAGGUGUGAGAAUACAAAGCAGCCCCUGGGUCGCUGGCUGCGGUGUCCCCACGUGGGGUGGUCCACAGACAGAAGUGUGCAUCUGUGUGCUUGCACGCGCUCACGCUCAGAACCUCCGUGCUGAAAGGGAGACGUCAGCCCCUGUCGCCCCCC